AAGAUACGCAUGCCAUGCUUCUAAAGAUCUUGGAGCUAGAGACGUACCAGUUCUCAUCUGAUUACAUUAUUUUUUUUACAGCCUUUGCUGGUACUAUAGAUUGCAAAUCCAUUUCACUGAUGGACAGCUCAAACCGAUUAAUCUAAGCACGCUUCAGAGAUAACAAACCCUGGUCGCUAGUAGCGACUGGCCCCGGCCCUUUUGACUCCCGGUCUCCCACCACAGCGGCUCUGCUCUCACACAACUCAAAGCACAACGGAGGGAAACCCAACGCCACACUCCCCUCGACGCUCUCGCCGCUGCUUCCCGAACUACCCCUCCUCCCGCCCCCGCUCCACAGCACCUAGAGCUCGCGGGAAAUGGCUGCCUAGCUCUACACUCUGCAGGAAGCGCGUAGCAGGACAAGGGAGGCAAUGGGUUGCUGUGUCAGCAAGAAGUGCAACGAGUCGCCGAGGUCCGUGGGGGAGGCUGCGCGGCGGCGGUCGGAGGCGCGCGACCCGCCGCCGCCGCCGCCGGAGGAGGAGGAGACGGUCAAGGAGGUGCUCUCGGAGACCCCGAAGGCCAAGCCAAGGCCCAGGCCGAGGCGCGUGGCCAAGGCGGCGGGGCAAGAGGCUGUGGAGGCCGUGGCCAAGGCGAAGGUCGGCGGUGCCAGGGUGAAGGAUGGUGGCGGUGCCAGGGCGCGUCGGGCGGUGGGGCCAACCCGUUCCGGUCCCUCCGGCGACGAGAAGUCAGAGGUGGCGUCCGAGUCCUCGGCCGCGACCACCGCCGCGGGGCCCGAGCGGUCGCCGGCGAAGGCGUCGGCUAGGAGGCGUGCGGCGGCCGUGCCUGGCGAGGCCGCCCGCCUCGCCAGGCGGGACAGGGGCGGCUCUUCCCCUGUUCCAGGUGCCGGUCGCGUUGGUGGUGGUGUCGGCCGCGCGUCGCCCUCGCCGCCGCCCCCGCCGCGGCGGCGCGACGCCGGCGAGCGGCCGGGCCGGAGGUCGCCGUCGCCCGCGGCGAAGCGGACGCAGGAGCAGCGCCGCGCGGGCGCGGGUGCCGCCUCCGCGCCCCCCGGCACGCAACGUAAGCCGCCCGUCCCGCCGAGGCCGUGCGGCCGCGCGUCGCCGCGGCGCGGGCAGGAGGCAUCGGCGCCUCCCCGGCUCUCGCCGCCGGCUCUGCCGGUGCAGCAGCCGGACGCGCCCGCGAGCUCUGCGUCCCCACCGCCCGCACCGCUGGCGGAGGAGGAGAACGCCGCAGCCACCUCCUGCGACGGCGAGGGGAAGGAGUCCCUGGACAACCCGCUGGUGGCCAUGGAGUGCUUCAUCUUCCUGUAGCGCUGCUAAUCCUCUGCCGUCUCCGGUCUCCCCGUCUCAGCUGUCAGUUAAUUACCCUCCACAGUUAGUAGUUAGUACGACCAGGAGUAAGUUGGUACAGCAGCAGCGUAAUUUGGUGAGUAAUCUCGUGUGGCAACGUUCCCCCUGGGAUGUCUUUUUUACCCCCCGGGAGAAAAAUUACUCCCAGGUUAUUUCAGUAGUGCCGUCUGAUGCAGAUCAGAAGGCUCUGACGUGCUUUAUGUAGUGUGUGAGUGUCUCAUGUUAUUUCAGUGCCCUCCAUGUAAUCUGUAGAGUAUCUUUCCGAUCAGUGCCUGUCUAGUUGUAACGUAACAUUCGGUUUUCUUUUGCAAAGAAAGGUACCCCAUUUGUGUUGCUUUA